UUACCCUCACCCGCCGCCAGGAGAGCUUCUGGGGCAGCAGCGGGCGCGGUGGAGCGGGAGUCCAGCUGCAGUCAUGGAAGGGGUGGAGGACGCAGAGGCCGAUUGCUCCAUGGCGUUCGCAGAGGCGCAGAGAUGGGUGGAGGCAGUAACCGAGAAGAAUUUUGAAACAAAGGAUUUUCGAGCCUCUCUAGAAAAUGGCUUUCUGUUGUGUGAUUUGAUUAACAAGCUAAAACCUGGCAUCAUUAAGAAGAUCAAUAGACUGUCUACACCAAUAGCAGGCUUGGAUAAUAUAAACGUUUUUUUGAAAGCUUGUGAACAGAUUGGAUUGAAAGAAGCCCAGCUUUUUCAUCCUGGAGAUCUACAGGAUUUAUCAAAUCGAGUCACUGUCAAGCAAGAAGAGACUAACAGGAGAGUGAAAAAUGUUUUGAUAACCUUGUACUGGCUGGGAAGAAAAGCACAAAAUAAUCCCUACUACAAUGGUCCUUAUCUGAAUCUGAAGGCUUUUGAGACUCUUUUAGGCCAAGCUCUGACUAAGGCUCUUGAAGAUUCCAGCAGCCUGAAAAGAAGUGGCCGGGACAGUGGGUACGGGGACAUCUGGUGUCCCGAGAGAGGAGAGUGCCCUGCCCCUCCAGGCAGCCAUAGGAGGGAAGAUUCCUUUGAAAGCUUGGAUUCAUUGGGGUCUAGGUCCCUGACUAGCUGCUCCUCUGAUCUUACACUUAGAGGUGGACGGGAAGGUUGUGAAAGUGACACAGAUUGGGAAUUUACAUUCAAAAUGCAGGAUUAUAACAAAGAUGAUAUGUCCUACCGAAGGAUUUCAUCUAUUGAACCAAAGUCUGCUCUACCAUUCAAUCGCUUCUUACCUAACAAAAGUAGACAGCCAUCCUAUGUGCCAGCACCUCUGAGGAAGAAAAAGACAGACAGAAAUGAGGAUAACAGAAGAAGUUGGGCCAGCCCGGUCUACACAGAAGCAGAUGGAAUGUUUUCAAGUAACCAGAGGAGGACUUGGGGCUCCAAGACAGAGAACUGGCCAGCAGUCCGAGAAACUUCAACUUCCUUUUGUUAUUUGGAAGAGGAAGAAGAAAAAAUAACAAGUAUACCCAACAUUAUAAAGGAUGAUCUUUAUGUACGAAAGCUAAGUCCCAUUCUUCCAAGCCCAGGGAGUUCUGUCGAUCAGUUUCUUCCCAAAUGUUGGACCCCAGAAGAUAUGAACUGGAAAAGAAUAAAAAGGGAAUCUUAUAAGCCAUGGUAUAAGGAAUUUCAGGGAUUCAGUCAGUUUUUGUUGCUUCAGGCCCUCCAAACAUACUCUGACGACAUCUUGUCUUCUGAAACAAAUGUCAGAAUCGAUCCCACCUCUGGCCCAAGGCUCAUAACUCGCAGAAAGAACCUCCCUCAUGUGCCCGGCUAUCAAGGAGAUGUCCUUGAGAUGCCAGCCCUGGAUCCUGACUUAGAAAAUGAUGAUUUCUUUGUUAGAAAAACUGGGGCUUUCCAUGCGAAUCCAUGUGUUCUUCGAGCUUUUGAAGACUUUAGAAGGUUCUCUGAGCAAGAUGAUCCUGUUGAACGAGAUAUAAUUUUGCAGUGUCGGGAAGGUGAAGACGUACUUCCAGAUUUAGAGAAAGAUGAUAUGAUUGUUCGCCGAAUUCCAGUACAGAAGAAAGAAGUGCCUCUGUCUGGGGCCCCAGAUAGGUACCAGCCGGUCCCUUUCCCCGAACCCUGGACUUUGCCUCCUGAAAUUCAAGCGAAAUUUCUUUGUGUACUUGAAAGGACAUGCCCACCCAAAGAAAAUAGUAACAGCUGUAGAAUAUUAGUUCCUUCCUGCCGGCAGAAUAAAGAUGACAUGUUGACUCGCAAGAUCCAGUCUUGGAAGCUGGGAACUGCUACACCUCCCAUCAGUUUCAAGCCUGGCCCCUGCAGUGAAGCCGACCUGCAGAAGUGGGAGGCCAUCCGGGAGGCCAGCAGGCUUAGGCACAGGAAACGGCUGAUGGUUGAGAGACUCUUUCAAAAGAUUUAUGGUGAGAAUGGGAGCAAGUCUAUGAGUGACGUCAGUGCAGAGGAUGUUCAGAAUCUGCGUCAGCUGCGGUAUGAGGAGAUGCAGAAAAUAAAAUCACGAAUGAAAGAACAAGAUCAGAAAUGGCAGGAUGACCUUGCAAAAUGGAAAGAUCGUCGGAAAAGUUACACUUCAGAUCUGCAAAAGAAAAAGGAAGAGAGGGAAGAGAUUGAAAAGCAGGCUCUUGAGAGGUCUGACAGAAGCUCCAAGACAUUCAAGGAAAUGCUGCAGGACAGGGAAUCCCGAAAUCAAGAGUCUACAGUUCCUAGGAGGAGGUUGUAUUCUGAUGAUGUCUUGGAUGAUGAAGUGGUCCCUCCAACAGUGACUCUGUCAGAAGGCAGCUACCAGAGUGAGAUAGUGGAAGAGAAGGGAGCAGCUUAUCUCAGUGAGAAUCCCAAAGAAGAUGCCACAACUUUCACGAAUAGACAGGACAGUACAGCAGCUGAAAUGCAGCAUCCUUCUAACAGCACUGCAGAAGAACAGCAUCUGGACCUUCUGUCUUCUCAGCCUCCAGCAAAUACACGAAUGGAACAGACUCAGGUUUCAGCUUCUCUCCCCAGAAGCUACCAGAAAGCUGAUACAGUCAGGUUAACAUCUGUGGUUACAGCGAGACCUUUUGGCGCCCAGUCAAGGGGAAUCUCAUCACUCCCCAGAUCCUACACGAUGGAUGCUGGAUGGAAGUAUAAUGGAAAUGUUGAUGCUGCCAAGGGAACUCAACACAAUUUGGUCAGCGCCCCUGCCCAGAAGCCUGAUGCCAGCCAACUUGUUUCAAGCUCAUUCAGUGAAAGAGAGGCAGCCACAGUAGAAGAUAUGGCAAGGGUACCGUCUCCUACACCCCCUUCCUCAUCUCUCUCUCAAGACCAGGCUACCAUUUCAAAAACAACACUCUCUUCAAUGUCCGGUCUAGAUUCAGUGUCUGACUCUGGAGAAGGAAGGACCUCACCACUGAGGGAGGCGUCAAGGUCCCAGGAUCAGUUCAGUGAUAUGAGAAUCAGCAUAAACCAGACGCCUGGGAACAGCCUUGACUUUGGGUUCACAGUAAAAUGGGAUUUUUCUGGGAUCUUCAUAGCAUCAGUUGAAGCAGGUAGCCCAGCAGAAUUUUCUCAGCUGCAGAUAGAUGAUGAAGUUCUUGCUCUUAACAACACCAAGUUUUCAUAUAAGGAUACAGAAGAGUGGGAGGAAGCCAUGGCGAACGCUCGAGAAACUGGAAGCUUAGUGAUGGAUGUCAGGCGCUAUGGAAAGUCUGACUGGGGCAAAGACCUACCUUCCCUACCAUUCACACGGCAUAAAACCCUCAAUCUCACCAGUAUGGCUACCAAAAUUAUAGGUUCAGCUGAAACAAAGUGGAUUGAUACAACUUCAGGAAUUUACAGCUCAGACAAAUCUUCAAGUCUAUCGACAACAACUGAUUUCUCCGAAAGUCUUCAAAGUCCUUAUACAAAAUCGAAAGAAAUCAAUGGAAUUCAUGAGGAAACCAACUCUUUUGAAUCAAAAGCAUCAGAAUCCAUUUCUUUGAGAAAUUUAAAAAGGCGAUCACAGUUUUUUGAACAAGGAAGCUCUGAUUCUGUGGUUCCUGAUCUUCCAGUUCCAACUCUCAGUGCCCCAAGUCGCUGGGCAUGGGAUCAAGAGGAGGAGCGUAAGCGGCAGGAGCGGUGGCAGAAGGAGCAGGACCGACUACUGCAGGAAAAAUACCAGCGUGAGCAAGAGAAACUGAGGGAAGAGUGGCAGAGGGCUAAACAGGAGGCCGAGAGAGAGAGUUCCAAGUAUUUGGAUGAGGAGUUGAUGGUCUUAAAGUCAAACAGCGUUUCUCGGACCACCCAGGAGCCUGCGGUUGCCACCUGGGAAGCCAACUGGAGUGAAGGAUCCAAGUCUUCCGACAGAGAAGGAACUCGAGCAGGAGAGGAGGAAAGUGGACAGCUGGGAGAGGAUGAUGUUCAUGAGGACCAAAGACAGAAGCUGCAGGAACAGCUUAUGCUUGAGCAGGAGAGGAAACAGAAGGAACUGCAGGCUCAGGAAGAGGAAGAGCUGCGGAAGAAGCGGGAGGCGGAGGCCCUGGCCGAGGCCGAAGCGCAGAAGUGCCAGGCAGAGAGGGAGAGGGAAACUUCAGUCAAAAUAUACCAGUAUCGGAGACCUAUUGAUUCCUAUGAUAUACCAAAGAGAGAGGAAGACUCUUCAGAGUUGCUGCCUAGUGACAGGAGUAAAUCCAGAUCUACUACUGAACUAAAUGACUAGAAGCAGCAAAUAUUUAGACCAAAUUGGCACCAGUAGCUUUUCACAGAGAAGCUCCAAGAAGGAUCAAGUCCCCUCAGGAGCAGAGCUGGAGAGACAGCAAAUUCUUCAGGAAAUGAGGAAGAGAACUUCUCUCCAUAAUGACAACAGCUGGAUCCGACAGCGCAGCUCCAGCAUCAACAAAGAGCCCGUGUGUCUGCCUGGGAUUAUGAGAAGAGGGGAAUCUCUGGACAACCUGGACUCCUCGAGGCCUAGUUCUUGGCGGCAGUCCCCCUGGCACAGCCAGCCUGCAGGAGUCUAUGCCUCCUCCUCUGUCCAAGACUUCAGCCGCCCGCCACCGCAACUAGUGUCCACAUCAAACCGUGCCUACAUGAGGAACCCAUCCUCUGCUGUGCCCCCUCCUGCUGGCCCAGUGAAGACCACCACUAUGGGCACUCCCACCCUGAGGUCUCCCACCCCUCGCAGUCAUUCCCCUUCGAUGACACAGUCAGGUUCUCAGCUCCGGAGCAGGUCAGUGAGUGGGAAGCGCAUGUGCUCCUACUGUAAUAACAUUCUGGGCAAAGGAGCUGCCAUGAUCAUCGAGUCCCUGGGUCUUUGUUAUCAUUUACAUUGUUUUAAGUGUGUAUCCUGUGAGUGUGACCUCGGAGGUUCUUCCUCAGGAGCUGAGGUCAGAAUCCGAAACUACCAGCUGUACUGCAGUGACUGCUAUCUCCGAUUCAAAUCUGGACGGCCAACCGCCAUGUGAUGUCAG